AUGGGAACUAACCCAGACCUGCGUUUGCUCCUCAGCACACAGCCUACUGCAGCAGCAGCAACUGAUACAUACUGCUGCCAGGGAAUAACGGAAAACCAAACAUGGGUCACAGAAUUCAUUCUCCUGGGAUUCCCGCUCAGCCCAAAGCUGCAGGUGUUCCUCUUUGAGCUCUUCUCCCUGUUCUAUGCCUUCACCCUGCUGGGGAACAGCAUCAUCCUGGGGCUCAUCUGGCUGCACACCCCCAUGUACUUCUUCCUCUUCCACCUGGCCAUCAUCGACAUAGCCUAUGCUUCAAAUAAUGUCCCAAAGAUGCUGGCAAACCUCCUCAACAAGGAAAAAACUAUCUCCUUUGUCCCAUGCAUAAUGCAGACGUUUUUAUACAUGGCUUUUGCUCACACUGAGUGUCUCAUCUUAGUAAUGAUGUCCUAUGAUCGGUACGUGGAGAUCUCACCCCUACAUUACUCUGUCAUCAUGAGCUGGAGAGUGUCCAUUCAGGCUGUCACUUCCGGGGCAUGUGGCUCCCUGCUGGCCCUGGUCCAUGUGGCUCUCAUCCUGAGGCUGCCCUUCUGUGGGCCUCGUGAAAUCAACCACUUCUUCUGUGAAAUCCUGUCUGUCCUCACUGCCUGUGCUGACACGAGGCUCAACCACGUGGUCAUUUUUGCUGCUUCUGUGUUUAUCUUAGUCGGGCCCCUCUGCUUGGUGCUGUUGUCCUACUCACGCAUCCUAUUUGCCAUCCUGAGGAUCCGGUCCGGAGGGCGCAGAAAGGCCUUCUCCUCCUGUUCCUCCCACCUCUGUGUGGUGGGGCUCUUCUUUGGUAGUGCCAUUGUCAUGUGCACGGCCCCCAAAUCCCACCACCCUGAGGAGCAGCAGAAGAUCCUUUCCCUGUUUUAUAGCCUUUUCAACCCUAUGCUGAACCCACUGAUCUACAGCCUGUGGAACGCAGAGGUCAAGGGUGCCCUGAAGAGAGUGCUGUGGAAGGAGAGAUCAAUGUGA